AUGGACGGCUUUGAUCCUCUUGCCAUGCCAUACUUGCACAGCCCGGUGCCGUUCACAGGCGGGAACCUGCAAAACCUGGACUAUAUGAGUGUGCCAUCCGUGAUGGAUCUGCAAGAUCAAUAUUCCAACUUUGACUCGGAACCAUACAUGAGUGGGGAUGAACUGGGCUUUGCGCCUUCCUCGGCCUUGCAACACCCGGCCAUGUUGAAGCGCUACUCUUCAGGACUCGAAGACCCUUUUGCCGAAAGCACCAUAGCUCAAUUCGACCAAGUGCCCAAUGAAGGCGUGCCCGAGAGUCCUUCAAUCGAUCGCGACAGCAAAUAUCUCAGCUUCUCCAUGGCCCAGUACAACUUUACUUUGCUCGAUGAUUCAUUCCGCCGCACAUCCGUCAACAUUAACGCUCAACUUCACGGCAUGUUUUUUCUGGCCGAGUCACAGUGGCCUGCGACAGCUGAUACACCUCCACCACCUCCAGAAUUGACCUGCUAUAGACGGAAUCUUUUCCAGAUCACUGGCUCAGUGACACUCCCGAGGAAUCUCAGAUAUGUCUUCACCGAUGAUGGAUCCCGGAUCCCCAUCUAUGAAUUAGAGCUGGCUGUGUCCGCGACGGAGUCGGUGGAGGGCAACGCGGUCAAGAUCAUUUCUGUACCAUGGAAGACGCCGGCCAGUGGAGAUCAGGCCAAACCCGAAGACAAAGGUGAACGAGAGCCUCCCACGAUUCCAUUGGAUAAGAUGUCGGGACAGGAUCUCGACACCGACUACACCACAUUCCCCAUCCAGUGGAAGCGCCUACAGUUUCGCAUAGCCACCGCAAACAACGGCCGAAGAAAAGAACUGCAACAGCAUUUUACCCUUCACCUCAAGAUCAUGGCGUCGCUGUCGACCGGCGGCAAGAUUUCCAUCGCGGAGGCCCAUUCGGGUGCCGUCAUUGUGCGAGGGAGAAGUCCCCGAAACUUUGCGGCUCGGAAAGACAUGCCUCUGAGUAGCAGUUCGACGGCUCGAAAACAUCUGCCUUCCACUUCGCGGGCCGGCGCAAGCCAGACGUCGGCCCCUCAAGUCACUUCUGCUCCCAAGAUAAAAUCACCACCGGACGAGCCGGCACAAGUGAUGAUGCCAUAUGACACUAGUAACGGCGAGCUGAAAUCGACAGAGACAGACACCCACAACUGGAUGUCGCAAGUUUUACCCGAUCCCCUUCCCACGACCUCUUACCCGGCCGCAAUGAAUCCUCCUCCGAUGCCACCGUUCUCCCAAGACCCCACCCCCGAACUUGGAACCCCGGGGCCAUUCCCAUUCACAUUCCCGCAAGAGAUGCCAUCAACAAGCAAUCGUCCACUGAGUUUACAUUUCGGAAGCGACGAUGAGGGUAGUCCCUAUCCUCAGCAACAACAAGGAUCGAGACAUUCUUCUCGACCUCCCACUUCGAACCCAUCCCCGUCUUUGGUCAACAAAGGUCAGACCGGGACUUACGCCAACCACGCCUCACAAGGGCAUGCCAUUAUUUCAAACCAAGGCACAAGUGGAAGUGGAAAUCGGCCUAGAAUACACGGUCACGGCAUGUCGGUAACGAGUGUCCCCAAUUCGACGACCGGCGUGAACAACUCACAGACCUCCAUUCCAGGAGUGUCGUCUCAAAGGCCUGAACUGCUUGCCGCCAAAUCGAGCCAGUCCUACAUUGGCGAGGGGAAAAGUGCAGAUGAGCUGUACGAGUAUUUCCCGCUGGGUCUGGACGAUUGGAUGCCACCUGUGGAUGCGGUAUUCCGGCCACAUGUCGUCCAUCACAGCGGGCCGUUACCGCCUGAUCCACGGUCGCCAGGGCGGCAUACGAGCAAACGGUAUUUCAGUGAGGUGGUAUGA